AUUUGAAACGGAGGUCUAAAAAACACUGGCUCUUGAAAAGAAUGCAGCUAUCAAAGGACGAGCUGCAAUCGAUCAUAGAGGCAUAAAAAAAUGAGCAUAAAUUAGGAGCAGACGAAUGCUUUCUCCAACUAGAUACCCACCCAGCUAGCCUUGAUGUUUACUAAGUCAUUCUACUUUGCAAGGCAAGGAUUGGCAAAGCAAGAGUCGCCUUCAUCCAGCUCAAGAACAUUCAUUCAAGUCAUUCGGAGAGCUGACCCUGACUACCAAGAUCCGACUGUUCAACUCCAACAUGAAGUCAGUACUGCUGUACGGAGCUGAAACCUGGAAGACAAAUGAAACCUCAAACAGAAAAAUCCAGACAUUCCUGUCUCAGAAGGAUUCUCCACAUUCGCUGGCCAGACACAAUCAGUAACAUCAAACUAUGGGAAAUAAUCUGUCAACUCCCAGUAGAGGAAGAAAUCAGGAAGAGAAGAGAAGGUGCUGGAAGAGAAGGGCACGCUUUACACAAACCGCCAGCCACCAUCACCAGGCAGGCUUUCAGGUGGAACCCCCAAGGCAAGCGAAAGAGAGGCCACCCAAGAAACACCUGCCGACGAGACCUUGAGGCAGAAGCAAAAAAGAGGGGCUACACCUGGACCCAUCUAUAAAGAAUGGCCCAGGACAGAAAACUGGAGAUCUACUUUUGGCAGCCCAUACCCUGGGAGGGGUGAUGGGUAGUAGUAGUAGUAUUCUACAGUUUUACUCUUUUACCCACUCCCUCCCCCAUCACCCUACUUUUAUGUUUCUCCAUGAAGAACCCAGCAGAUUGACUGAUCGACUUGUGCGAUCCAUCUCGUUUCACAGAGCCAGUUGCUACUCAUUUCUUCAUCCUGAGAGACAGAGACCUAAAAUGUCAUUUGUUCUGAGUAACAGCUCCCACUCAACAUAAAGGCCAAGGAGAAGAAAAUUAUUCAACUGAGCAGUCAGGGAUGGGGAUGGCUGCAUUUAUCUACAUGCAGAAAUGGCUGCGGACAAGAUGGAGAGCAAAGAACGUGCCACAAAGAGCAUAAAACUACGAAGUCUGGAAAUGAGCUGCAGAAAAGAGCUCCUGAUACUCUUCUUUCAGAGAGAAAAUGACCACACAGUCAGAGGACCAUCUCUCCUGUCCUGUCUGCCAUGACAUCUUUGAAGAUCCUGUUAUCCUGUCAUGCAGCCACAGCUUUUGUAAAGCCUGUCUGCAGAGAUGGUGGCUUGACAAACCAAUAAAGCAGUGUCCGGUUUGUAAGACGAUAUCUUUACAGAGUAAUCCACCCCGUAACCUGGCUUUGAAGAACCUAUGUGAGGCCUAUUUACAGAACACAGAUCAGAGAGCUUCAAGAGGUUCCCAGACACUUUGCACUGUGCAUUCUGAGAAUCUCAGGCUCUUCUGUCUGGACCAUCAGGGGCCAGCGUGUGUUGUCUGUCGAGAUUCAGCAGUGCACAUCAACCACAGAUUCAGCCCCAUCAAUGAAGCUGCGCACAUUCACAAACAGGAGCUCCAGGAAUGUCUGAAGCCUUUAAAGGAUAAACUGAAGCUUUAUGAGGAAGUUAAAGGGAAAUGUGUUCAAACUGCAGAACACAUUAGGGUUCAGACCCAGGAGACAGAAAAGCAGAUUAAGCAGCAGUUUACGAAGCUUCGCCAGUUUCUACAAAACGAAGAGAAUGCCAGGAUCACUGCUCUAAAAGAUGAAGAGAAGCAAAAGUGUCAGAAGAUGAAGGUAAAGAUUGAAACUCUGAGCAGAAAGACUGCAGAUCUUUCAGGCACAAUCAGAGCCACAGAGAGGGAGGUGAGAGCUGAAGACAUCUCUUUCCUACAAAACUACAAAGCUGCAGUAAAAAGAGUCCAGCAGCUAUCCGUGCUUGAUGUUCCUCAGCUGGUCUCAGGUGCUCUGAUUGAUGUUGCUGAACACCUGGGCAACUUGUCCUUCAACAUCUGGAGCAACAUGAAGGACAUUAUUUCAUAUACUCCUGUGAUUCUGAAUCCAAACACUGCUCAUCCAGAUCUCAUCUUGUCUGAAAAUCUGACCAGUGUGAGACGUGCAAGGAAACAGAAGGUUCCCGAAAACCCCGAAAGGAUUUAUCUCUAUCCUUCCGUCCUCGGCUCUGAGGGCUUUAACUCAGAAAUUCACAGCUGGGAUGUUGAAGUUGGAGACAGUCCAGUCUGGGCACUGGGAGUCUUUUCGAGAUCUGCCAACAGUGAAGACAAAAAAUGUAACUUAUUAAAACUUGUUUUCUGUGAUGGUGAGUACACAGCAAACUCCAGUGACGGCCCCCCAACUGUUCUCUCAAUAAGAAAGAGAUUUCAGAGGAUCAGAGUUCAUCUGGACUGGGACAAAGAAAAACUGUCAUUCUCUGAUCCUGAUACUGACACACACAUACACACCUUCAGACACACUUUUACUGAGACACAGUUUCCAUAUUUUAACUCGGUGAAUCCACACCCACUAAAGAUAUCACAAUGUCCUCUCCGUGUAGUUACGUAACAUGUGUGAUGGUCGUUGUUGGCGAUAAUCUUUCAUCUUUUUAUGGUCUCAAGUGAUUUUGUCACAUUCACUUUGACUCACUUCAUGGAUUAGCAAUGAUCCCAGCAGAAAGAAUGUAGACCUGGCUGUUGAUCCUGUGCGACCAGUAACCCGUCUGGAAACUACUGCACUUAUAAAUAAGGAUGUAACAACUGUCAUUGUUUGGUAGACUACCAUUUUAAAUGAAGCAAACCUAAUAUUAUAGUACAUUAAAAAAAAAUCAACCAAUAAGUAAAAGGAGCUGUAUUCAAUAAUUAAUUUAUAUUUUUUUAAUUACGUUAGGUUAUUUUCCUGACGCACCAAGAAGACUUGUUUGGCACCCAUUAAUGCAGGUUUAAGUGAUGCCAGCAUUAAAGCCCUUUCACAAUAAAAAGUGUCAUGCACUGCACUGACCACUAGGUUUGAGAGGACCCAAAAAAAGUCAUUUUUGUAUUUUUUUUUUAAGGUUUUUAUGUGUGCUAUAAAUGCCCACUCCUGUCACUCUGCGUUUCUAUUGGUCACAUGCAUGUAUGUCCACCAAUGUGUGGUCAAAGUGUUCCCCACCUUUAAAGGAAGUAACCUUACUUCCUUGACCUAAAAUGGCUAAAUAUCAAUCUGUGUGCUGUAUGGUUUGUUUACGUCUGUGUUAAGCUGCAAAGUAAACAGUCAUCUGGUUAUGAUGUAUAAUGCAAAAAUAAAUAAAUACCUGAUGUGCAGAUGAAA